AUGCAUCGAACUAUCCACAGGCUUUGUCUUUCUGCCUUAGUUGCCCUCGCUUUAUCUGCUGCUGUGUCAGCUGAGCGGCAUCCAUUCAAAUGCCCAACAGAAAUUGACAGAUUUAUAUACGCCACCCAACUUAGGCGAAACGCUGGAUAUGGGCUUGGAGAUUCCUUGGACUCGAUGGACCAGGUCCACAACAUCAUGACCAAGUGCUCCACCAUCAAAAGUCUCAAGCUUCGAAUCUCAUGUUCAGGAUGUUCAGACUGUCCUGACCGAUACAACUUUCCUUUCGAGCUUCCAUCUGGCUCGCAUUAUUCGUCGCAGCUCGAAGCACUAGAUCUAGAGGGGUAUAGCUUCAACGAAAAGCCAUGGAAAGAGGCGGGAAAGCUUCAGCGUUAUGGGAACACCGCCGAUCAAUACCUUAAUUGGCUGUAUUACGGAAACGCUUGGAUCUGGCUGAAAGGGCUAAGGUUGUCUGAAGCGCAAAGAAACCUGACGAACUUGGAUCUCUGGCUAGGUGCAAUGGACUUUUCCAAAAUCGAGAGUCUCUCGAUUCGGUCAGACGGAGCAUUAGCUUCUAUGAUACCUCACCUUAAAUCCCUAAAAUCGUUCACUGCAUCCGGGGCUUGGGCCAAAGACUUCAUCCUUGCACUUCCAUCAAACACCCUUGCUCAUCUUUCCUGGCUGAACAGCGGCCAAACUGGGGCUUCGGUUAGCCCCAUCAUACGCAGCCACGCAUAUUCCCUGAGAAGCUUGGAAUGGCGCGAAUACGAAUUAUUGCAACGGCAACGGAGAGUCAUGACAGCGGAUCAGCUUUCCGAUUUGGGCUCCAUGGCACCAAACUUGAGGUCGCUGACAUUUGACAUUAAUCAAAAUGGCACCUGGGGGUGGGAUCAUCUCGAGGCACUAGCUACCAAGUUCCCGAACUUGGAGAACGCGACCAUCUUCUUGGAAGAGGCUAGCGAAUGUCGAAGACAACUUGAGCAGGCAAAGCAACAGUUGAUGUCGUGGAGAGAAAUGAGAAUGAUUGAGGAUAAAUCGACUUGUCAAGGCGCCGAUUCCUUUGCAAAUCCUCAUUUGAGUGCCUCUGAGGCUCGUGCGCCUUUCGAAUUUCUUCUUAAAGAGAAUGCAGACAUUGACAGAAAGCUUCAAAAAGUCGAAUUCUUUUCUGGUGGCCGGGAGAGAGGAUGGGAUGGGCCCCUGACAGUUGACGAAGAUUGGCUGCAGGAUCAUCAGUCUUGGGCUCUUUGUGAGGUUGUUGACGGGGAUGGUGGGCCUGGUGAAGGGUUUAAGCAGGUUGCAGCUCUUGAAAAGGGAGAAAAGUUAAUUAUUUGUCAAGAUGAUAUGGAGAAAUGGCACAAGCUCCUUUCAGAUGUGAAGCAUAGGGAAACAAAUUGGACACGCGAGCGACUGGGCGAGUAA